AGCACUGUGGCAUUUUUCUAAAUAAGAAUUAAUUAGUCAAUGCACUGGAGAAAUAAAACAGUACAGUGCAGUUGAAUGAUUACAAACGUGUAGUUUUAUAAGGCGUUAACCAAGUGCUUGUAUAUUUAUUGAAAUCGUUACAAUGACCCCUGAGUUCACGGCUACACUUGCUAGCGUAUCGUGAUAUUUAACCAACCAUCAUGAUAAAAAUAUUACUAACAUUAUUCAUGUUACAUUACUCGUAAUUUGACGGUAUUAACAAUCGUAAAAAGUGUAAUCUCUCAGAACAAUGAGUUUUCGAUGUUAUGAUCAAUAAAUGGUUAACUCCGUAGUUGAACCUCCAGGCGGCAUGGUGUUACUGUGACAUUGCGAUUUGGAAAUAUGUAAAUAAACAUGAACGAUAUAAGCGUGAAAAUAGUGGAUUUUGGUAAGGAACAGACGGGAGUCGAUAUUGUGGCUCCAGUGGAUACAGUGCCUGAUAAUGAAGUGGAUCCUCUAGCGAUAGACGACUCAAAGGUCAAGGAAGAAGCGGAAGUGGUCGAGACGGUAGAGGUACUGGAAGUGCCGGAUAAGCCGGAAGUUGAGAAAACGGUGGAAAGCUGUGAUCAGAAUGCCAAAGAUGAGAAUUUAAGUGUUAAACAGGAUUUGGAAAGUGAGGAAUUGAAAUUGCAGACACAACAGAUUAAAGAAGAUCUACUGAAAGAAGAUACUAUAUCAUUAGCAAGUACCACAGAGGAUCCUACAGAAGAACCAGAAUCCCUUCAAAAUGGUGCUGACCUUGAGGCCACGCAACCAGAAUCGGAACCAAUAGUAGCACCCACCGAAGAUGUAGAACCCAUCCCUGAAGAGGCAAUAGAGGUUCCGGAAGUCACUGAGGCUCCUGUCUCAAUUUCUGAAACCCCAACAGUAUCAGACUCAGUUGUAUCAGAAGCCCCUACAGUCCCAACUGUGGUAACUCCUAUUGUUCCGACAGUCCCCUUCGCUCCUGCUGUGUCAUUAACACCAACUGUAGCUGCACCAGUAGCACCUGCUAUCUCAGUGGUGCCAUCAGUCUCUGUAGCUCCAUCUUACCCAACACAGGCUGUGCCAGUGGCACCAAUCAUCCCAGCAGUACCAAUUGUACCAGCAGCACCAACUAUCGCUGUACCCACAGUUCCUAUAACACCAACUCUUCCAGCAAUCCCUGCUAUUCCUUUAACCUCAGCUAUUUCAAUAUCUCCAGUGUCUGCUUCAGUCACACCAGCUGUAUCAAAACUUUUUCCAGUAUCUACAGCUCUUCCCGUAGUGCCCACUGCUUCACCAGUCCUUCCAGCCCCUGUUAUCCUUUCUAUCCCAGAGACACAAGUAAAAGAGCUAAGUCCGCCUAAAGAAGUGCCUGUAACUGUAAAGGAGGAAGAGGUGAAAUUGCUGGAGAGAAUAGUUGAGAAGGUGGUGGAGGCUGAUGUGGAGAUGAUUGAGGCUCCGAUCAAAGUGAAAACUGAGAAGACUGCAAAACAGACUGUUAAUGGGGAUGUGGCUAAGGAGGAGCAAGCAACAAAACGACGAUCAAGCGAAGAAGCCGAAACUGAAUCUCCACUCAAGAAACUCUGCCAGGAAGUAGAAAAGACAUUCCCGCAGCACGACACUAUGAUCAAUGACUACAUACAGACCGCCACCAAGAACAACAUCGACGAAAUACAAAGGCACACUGAGCAAUUACUCUCAGAGAUCCAAACACUAAGGGAACUAGCGCAGAAAAAAGAACACGAAUGGAACAACAUCCUACACUUAAAGAAAGUCAAAGAGGAGAUCUUACUAAGGUUACUGCGUAGAAAACAAGUGCUAUCGUUCGAAAAGGCAGCUGAUGUCAACGGUUCAGACCGCACUGAUCCUUUCGACUACCUAAACCAAGCUAAGAACUUAGCUAUAGAUAAAAGUGAUGAGAUAUCAGGGUUGUCGCUUAAACCGCCUUGUUCUACAAUUAAUCCUAUAAUACAACCGCCGGUUAUGCCGGUGACGACGCAUUUCAACCCUAUGGUAGGGUUGCCACCGCCUUAUGACAAAGCAGCUCACAUGCAGAACAUGCCUAAGCCAGUAUUCCCUCAACCGCUUUUACUACCUGGUCCGACCAUGCCGGGUUUCCCUAGAGACAUGAACGGGCAGCUACCUACAGGUUUUGGUAUGCCAAUGGGCCGCCAAGGACCUACUAAGGAUGUCAAGUCUAUUAUAGCGGACUAUAGACAGAGGAACCCAGAUAUAACGCCUAGAAGGGGGAGAAGGAUGAAGUCCAUUCUGAAUCCGAAUAUGAUGAACAACCCUAGGGCUAUAGCACCGAAGAUGAUGGAGAACAUGAAUAAUUAUAAUAAUCUCAACAAUUUGAAUAUGCUUUUCAACAAUUUGGACAUGAACCAAAAAGCCAUGCUAGAGCGCCUCCAGCAAAUCCAAGCCGGAGCGCUGCCCAACGGCGUGUCCUUCAAGGACGUGCUCGUGCAGUUCGCGAACAUGCAGCAGACCCCCGGCAUGCCCGGGAUGCCCAGGCCUCCGGAGACCGUCACAACCAGGCCUGAACAUGUCCCAACUCGCCCCGAGAGAAGACAGCAGACUCCCCGGGAGAGGCACGAGGAAACAAUACAGAAUAAGCAAGCAGAACGCAUGGCCUCCCCGAGCCCCCGCCUGCCGCCGCCGCCGCCCUACCCCGAGAUCUCCCUGCUGCCCGUCACCACCAGCCAGGAGACACCCACCACACAGAACUCGCUGCUUCACGGCAUACUUACUAAGCAGGCGACCCCUGCACAGAGUUACUCGCCGACUCUGGCUAAACUGCUGACGUCACCGGAACGCAAGCAAGCGCCCAAUCUGCCGGCGUUCGGUCAGGCCAAGAAUUGCGGCGAGAUCACGAUAACGCCGGUGCAGCCGACGCCGCCGCCCGCCGACGCGCCGAGCGAAAAGGAGGAGGUCGUUCAGUUGGACGACGAGGAAUCCCCAGCAUCGGAAGGUUCCGCGGCGGCGUCGCCGGCCGACGGCGGGCGGCUCGUCAUCGACGAGGGCGGCGACGACGCGCCGCCGUGCCAGGGCUGCCGGCGCCGCGCCGCGCAGUUCGUGUGCGCCGGCUGCGCCAACCAGUGGUACUGCAGCCGCGACUGCCAGGUGUGUGCUGACCCUACUGUACACUAA